GUUGAUGAUGACAAUGAUAAUGAAGAUGACAAUGAGGAGAGACAGAUAGAGAAAUACCGCAGUCUCCUCUAGUCGUUAGAUGACGACAAAGACCAGAAGAAAAAGAAAGAGGUCGAAAUGGAGGUCACGUGGGAACCAGGAUUAAAAGAAACAACAGAGAAGAUUGUGAAACAUAAAGAGAAGACGAAAGAUCAAACUCCAUGGGACCAGUAUCUGAUGAAGAAAAAAGAAAAGAGACAGAGAAAGAAAGAAGAAAGAAUGAACAGAAAAAUGACAAGUGAUAAAGAACCAGAGGAGAAGGCCGCCUUCAGUGAUGACGAUCUACCAGCUGGGGUAGAGGAGGAUUCAUUCUUCAAACAGAGUCUGGACAGUGAUGAGGAAGACAGAAAACCAAAAGCUGAAUCUAAGAUGACAAAGAAGAAAAAAAGGAAAGAGAAAACAUCAAAGUCAGUGACAAAAGAUGGAGAG